ACUUUCUGACUACGUUCCCCGGGGGAUGUUGUGCGUGUGUCGUGUCGUCUGCGAAACCAUCAGCGAAAAUCUGCGUGGUCAAGUGGUGAUCGCGUUGGUUUAGAUGUGAUUUGUGGUGCCGGUUGCAUUGACCGACACCGUUCCCCGUUUUCUUCCUGCGGCGUGCUACGUCAGUCGCCAACAUUUGCCGAAUCGUGGAGAUCCCGGAAUCUGCAUGCAAUCCUCAGCAGUGUCCUGAGACUGCGUGCGACUUCCUUGGCGAUCAGCGAGCCCUGCUGAAGCGACCAGCCAGCAGGAUGAGCGCUGCCAAAGCGGCAAGCGCUCCCAAGGAGCGACGCAAAAAUUCUGAAAAACGGAAAGAGAAGUCACGGGAUGCAGCGAGGUGCCGGCGCAGUAAAGAGUCAGAGAUCUUCACUGAGCUGUCACAACAGCUGCCGCUUCCAGAGAAUGUGGCCUGCCAGCUGGACAAAGCCUCGGUCAUGCGUCUGGCCAUCAGCUACUUGCGACUACGUGAGAUCCUUGAUCCAAUAGCUGAAGUGGCCAGAUCAGCAGGCUGCAGUCCUUACGAUUCAUCAGUUCUGGAGGCCCUGGAUGCUGUCCUGCUGGUUUUGUCAACUGAUGGAGAGAUUGUCUACCUCUCGGACAGUGUAGGACGUCACCUCGGUCUCAAUCAGGUUGACUUGAUGGGUCAGAGUGUCUUCGACUUCUGCCAUCCCUGCGACCAUGACGAACUAAAGGAUGCCCUGCUGUCCAAACCCGAGCACGUGCACGACGUGUCCCCUCAGCCUUGCCAUUUCCUCAUGCGCCUGCGCUGCACACUGGGCAGCAAGGGCCGUGGAGUCAGCGUCAAGUCGGCCUCUUCGUACAAGAUGAUGCAAUGUGUGGGUACACGUGUCCUGCGCGAGGUGAUCCCCAAGCCUUGUCCUGACGAAGAUCUGGCGUCGCCGCUGCCAGGAACGGUGGUGACCAAGGAAGAGGAAGAGGUGACCACCUCAUCACCCGCGCCGCAUCUGCCGAUCCGCGUCAUCAUCCACGAGCGGAGGCAUUUCCUGGUGUGUGUGGCCCAGCCCAUCCCGCACCCGUCCAAUAUCGAGGCGCCCCUGGGCUCACACACAUUCCUCAGCCGGCACAACCCAGGCAUGUGCUUCACACAUGUCGACGAAAGAACGGAGACAUUCCUGGGCUAUACAUCUGACGAACUGCUUGGGAAGUCCGUCUACUCCUACUUUGACCCAAGGGAUGUUCUACACCUGCAACAGGACUUCAAAACAUUGUUCGCCAAAGGCCAGUGCGAGACAGGCCAGUACCGCUUCCUGGCCAAGAAUGGUGGCUGCGUGUGGGUGCUGACCCAGGCGACCCUUAUCUACGAGAACAACAGCUGCAGCAAGCCACAAUGCGUCGUCUGCGUCAAUUAUGUGCUGAGUGGUGCCAGCCAGGGGCAUGAAGUGCUUGCGGAGCAGCAACUGACUCCCACAGUGCAGCCGGAGCCAGAGCCAGAGCCCGAGUUGCAGCCACUGCCGUCUGCCCCUGUGGCUGAAGCAGCAGCAGAGGAAGAGGAGGAAGAAGAAGGGGAGGAGGAGGAGGAGGAGCCCCUGUGCUUCACCAGCAGCACGAGCAAGAUCUUUGCUCCCCUCACAGCGGACAUGAAUAAGGAUUUCCUCUUGUUCCCUGAUGAGGACAGCGACUCCACAGUGCUGAAAGAUGACGACGAUGACCUGACUCACUUGGCACCAACGGCUGGUGACACAAUCAUUCCAUUGGAGGUGGAGGGUCUGCCUUCUGAUGUGCUUUGCGACUCGUAUCCCCUGCCGGACAUCUAUGGCGACGGCAACAAACUGUUGCCAGACUACGUCAUGCUUACUACCGACGAAAACUGCCCACUGGGUCGGAAGGAUCCCUUCCUCAGUUACCGGGACGACAGCGACCCACUGUCAUCACCAGGAUCAUGUGGCACACCACCUUCUUCAGACGGCGAAGGGCGCAGCAGCAGUUGCUCGGACGUUCCCAGCCUUGAAAGUCCCGUGGAUCGGUUUGCAGGUCUCGACCUAAAACCAGAGAGGCAUAUAGAAGUCCCGGUGGAUGACUUUGAGAUGCGAGCACCGUACAUCCCUAUGAAUGGAGAUGACUUCCCCCUGCUCACUGCCGACUCGGUCAUGUGGGGGCCCCAGGAUUCGCCUCCGGGAAGCUCGUCCAGUCGGAGCUCUCUCUGUAGCAGCCCGACAUUCUUCGCCACCUCACCACCUCCUCCGAGGCCAACGUUAGGGUCCCUGGGACCCAACCCAAAGUCCAGCCUGGCUGCCCUUCUGAUAUCUGAACUCCCGCCACCUACUACAGCGAGGUCACGGGAGUGGACUAAGCAUCGAGCACGAACGAACCAUCCCAGGUCAUUAGGAGUCUGUGGACCGCCGCGGCAAGACUUGGCGAGGUCAUCACGGUUAACACAUCCACACCAGCAGCAGCAAACAGCAAUACGAAGUCACUUGACACGUGGUCUGUCUGCGGCGACUGACGUGCGACAUCAUGCAUAUGUGACAACAGCGCUGGAGCAGAAAAUGGGGAUGCCUUCCCCCCCGGACCCACCGCCAAAGCGAUCCUCUACGGAGCGGGCCCUGGGGGCUGGACAGCUGGCCAGCCCCAAGAGGAUGCGGGUCGACCUGCGAGGCUUGCAGCUCCAGAACAAAGACAGCGUGCUGCUGAACUUGCUGGUAAAUGGAGAAGACGCCUGCCAUGGAUACCUGUGCCAAACCUUGCGCUAUGACAAGAGGUGCCCACCGUCGUCUCCACGUCCCGCUCCUCUCCUGCUUGACGAGCCAAUCCCAACACUGCAGGACCUGAGCCAGCUGGAUGCUGAGGUCAACGCCCCAAUCCAGCAGCUGCUUACUGGCGAGGACUUACUCAGUGCCCUCGACCAGUCGGUGCCUGCGCUCGUCUGAGCAAGUGGCCUGGACACCCAGCUCCCUCCCCCCCUUUCCCUCUGUCUGUCCUCCUUCCUCUCUCUGCCCAACCCUCGGCUGUCGUCUCAAGAGGCCCAGAAGUCAGGGAACAUCUUCUUACAUUGUGCCCCGUAACUGAGGCAACACUGUCUUCGAGAUGACGCUGCUUGUGUGGAAACGGCAUGCACAUGCUUGCGUUUUCGGAGAAGUUGCAGAGUGCCGCACAUUCCGAAAAAGAGGCGCUAAUCCAUGGCGGCCAAACAACUUCUGGUGCCCUCCAUUCAAGAGCGUCGUGCUGCUGUUGCUGGCCACCUGCGCAGUUUUGUCUGUUUUAUAGUCCAUCAUCGGUGUGCACUGUCUUCUGGCAGCCCAUUUCUCUCCUGCAUGGCCUUCCAUUUCUUCUGUUGCACACAAAGGCAUGAGUUCACCAAGAGCAUUGCCACAAGCCUAGGUUUGCUGCAUUGGUUGAUGGAACACUUGUCUGGUUGCAGCUGCCCUGCCAUGUCAGGCCCUCGGCGCCGCCGUCUCGGCAGCCCGAGUUAGUGCAGUCUAAUCCCAUCCGCUGCUUGGAAGACCCUGCCCUCUCCUCUCUUACCGCCGCCAUUACAGUGGCCUGGCUGUCUCGCAAAGUGACACACUCUACUGCCACACACACUCUUUGCCACUGCCUCUGCGCGUCUGACAAAUGCACCUCAUUCGCAGAUGCUGUUUCAACAUUGGAGGCCGUCUGCCUUGGGACACAGGAUCAAAGAGAGCUUUGGCAUGUGGACAUCUUGCUUUCGCUUUUCCGUUUCCGUCUCAAUCUUUCACCUUCAUUCGAGCCUCCUGUUGUAGGCAACCGUGUCUGCUUGGUAAAAAGGUGCUCUCAUCUUGCCCACUGAAUCUUUUCUCUUUUUGUUUUCUCUUUUAUGUUGGAUUUUGUUCAGUGCUGUCUUCGAUUUUAGGGCUGAGCUUUCCUUUUAGCUGGGCAGCGCGAGGCUGCGGGCUUGUGUACACAAGCAAACACCUGUACAUAGCUUUCUUUGCGCCCUCCUUUCCCAAGUUUCUUCCUUCCCCCCUCUUUUUUUUUUUUUUUGUGCCACAUGUAUCACUUCAUCCUAGAGUACAAAUCUCACGAGGUCUCUGUGUGCACAUAUGUAAAACAGUGGUCAGGUGGUUCUCAUAAUCAGCUGUUCGACUGCACCCAGGUUUGGCAGUGACGCUUUUGAUGAGAAGAGCACACUGCCCAAGACGACGACAGCUGCAAUUUUCUUUCAUGCAGUUUUGCCGGUGUUGUUGUUGUGAACAUUUGCUACGAGGGCUAAACUGAUGCUCCUGCUGUCAAUUGGCAGUUAUGAAGCGCUGAACCAUUAUUAGAUGCUGAGAAAAAGCAGCUUACAACAAUGUGUCCUCGCUUCUUUUGCAGUCAAUGCUGGGCAGAUCAUGACAGUAGCUUGCGCACACGUGCAAUGGAAAUAUACCUUUAAAUGCUUCGUAUAAUUGAGUGCUGCUUUUGGACGUGUGAAAUCGUGGUGGUACGAUGGACUCGCUGUGUCAAGUGACGCUAUGAGCGCGUUAAGCGCAAAGUGAAGAAGUAACAGCUACGCAGCCCAUUAAAAAAUAUUUUGGUGGUUGUUUUGCAACCUCUUGUAGGCUUCAAUCUGAGAUGUUUAGAGGCCGCUAGGACCCAUGCUUCCUUUGUUUUUUUUUUGUUUUUUUUUUGUUUUGUUUUUUUAUGCUGCAGCUAUAAUAUAGCGAGCAGCAAGUCGGAAUGUCACAAGCCACAUGAAAAGAGUGCUGCUCUUUGUUCAUUGUGUGCCUGUUUUUAAGCUAUUAAAUUGACUGCUGUGGUUAUAUGUGAAGAUCGAGGGGAAGGGAGUUAAACAAAAUGACUUGUGAGACAGGAAUAUUUCACUCUCACGUUCAUUCAGCUUCACUAGUUAAUAUUCAUUGAUUAAAUCUUUCACCUCUUUUUACUGUGUUCAGGGAUCGAAGUGAGAACCUGCACGCUUCUGCGCAGGUAAGCGCUGGUCAACAAGAGCUCAAAACAUUAAAUGAUCAUUAAAUAUAAUGAGAGAGAUACUGUAGCCAGUGUGGUGCAAGUGCAUUAGCGAUGCCAGGUAUGCAGUAACGAGCACUGCAAUGACGCACAAUUUGCCAGUUUGGUGUCAGUUUAUUGAGACGUCGGCAGUCUGCCUGCGUUGCACACAGCCAACAAUGCAAUCUCCCUUCUUCAAUGUCUAUUUUCAUCAUUCUUCAAUCAUUCUGCUCCGUGACAGUCUUGAAAGUUGUGGCUGAAAGAAAAACAAGCCUAAGUGGUGCUGUUCCUUGCUUGUUCAGGAAGUGCUUUGAACAUGCAAGAGAGCAGUGCAAUCUUGCAAGAUUGAUUGUAGUGUGCCUAUUUUUUCAUGCUAGGUUUGAUUACUAUAAAAGUGAUUUUCACCAGUAACAACUUAAAUUUUGAAGUUACUGUGCAUUUUUGACCAGCUUAUUCCACAAGUUUCACUCUGGAUAUUUACGCUAAAGCUCAACUGAUAAACUGAUCUGUAAACUACGCAAGAGCGAGCCUUUUUUCUAACUGCAACGUUGCUACAUCCAGACGAAAAAAUCUGCAACCUGUCUAUUGAAACUCUGCAGCAUUGCAUGCAAAUGCAACAUCAUGACUCUGGCAAAAGAUAGCCACGUGUACCAUCGUACCAUCAAGGCUUCACUCAUUAACAUGCCUUUAGUGUUUUCAAGUCUAGUUUCUAAGCAUGCCGUGUAGAGACAGAAAAAAAAACUAUUUCACUAUAAUAGAAGUUGCCAUAGCCAUGUCACAGCUGGCCUGUUGCUCAGCUGCUAGUCGUUCUUGUAUUUUAUUUUUAUUCUUUUUUUGAAUCAUUGGUACUUGCGAAUCUUGGAAACAAAUCCUGGGACUGCACCGUCUGUUGAGCACACUCAACCAAAGUGCCUGGUCUGCGCAGAUUCAGCGCGCCGCACAAAACGUCCAAGACUUGCAUGCUGUGGCCCCGCAUGCCUAUUUUUUCUCAUGUGACGCAACAGUAGACUACCGUUAACUCAACCAACUGUGAUUACCGGGCACCAGAGAACCAUCUUGACCCAAAAGUAUUGUGUGCCGCAUUCUUUGUCAAGAACGGAAGCACACUGAAAAAUUUCGCUGCAAAGCGUGUGCAUUAACUUUUUUGCACAUUCCGCCUAGUAUGUUGCUCGUCUGCUGUUAUUGCUGUAUGUGCUGUUAUUGCAGGCAUGUUAUGAAAAUGGUUGAUUGGGAAAAAAAAAAACUGUAUAACAAAGCUUUAUUGCUUAUGAAUGUUUGCAUCGUGCUCUCAAAAGUUGGUGCACCUAAGCAUGGUCACUAUCAUCGUGACAGAUGUGAUCAUACUCGCAAGAAGCUUGAGUUUAGGAUACAUUGUGUUCUACGGUGGCCAUUUGCAACAUGAAACCCAAGCAUCCUCUCCAUUUAACUUGGAGCUGUGACAAAAAAAUUUCAAUUUUGGUCCCUCGAAGAGCUUAGUACUAAACAAAAAACAAAGAUUUUUAUUCUUUCUUGAGGUUGUAAUUUGCACAGAUCCUGCAUGACAUUGGCACGUUCAUCAUUAGAAGGCUGCUUUGUCAGCCACCUUCCUUUGCUUUGUGCAGAAUGAACCAUCAGUGACAAGAAGAGUAUGCUUGCAUUUGUCCAUCAGUUUCGCAUCAGUAUGUUUCAUUCAAGAACAAGCCGCUACAACACAAAUCUUGUGCAGCGCUUGGUGAAAUGCAGUGCUUGACUUAUCAGUAGUCUACUGUACUUGAUGUGGGCUUGUAGGCUUGGUGCAAGUGUGCAUGGUACAGGAAGCUUUCAAGCUGGUUAUUCUGGGCUCGCAGUAACAUAAAUACUAUCUGCCGAAAUUGCUUCAUCGCAGUGGCCAUAGCUAAUAAUACCUUCACCGAAGGAGCUUGUCAGCGACUGUCCAGAUCUCGCAGAAGGCUUGCAGACUGGGCAGCUUGCCUUGCAAUGUGCGGUGUGGAAUGUUCUUUGGCAAGCAUGCAAGUGUUUAUGAAGAGAACCUGGCCUCGGAACCUUUUCUUUCUUUUUUUCAUACGUUUUUUUUUUUUUUAGACAAUGUUGUGUACAUAGACCCACACCUUUGUAUUGUUCUGUCCUUUCUCGAGCUGCUGCGAGCCCCACCAUUCAUCGGAAGGGAACGAGCGUUGUUAGCUGCCACCAUAUGUUGUGGCAGCAGAUUGUUGUUAACAUUUCAGGCCCGAUUGUGUAUCUGAUUCUAGUGUUGAUAUGUUUAUGUUCAGAAUAGCUGGUUUGUUAGGGUACGCGCCUUCCUCACAUUUUUUUCCUCUGGUAGAGUCUUGCCUCUCAGGAAAAAUACAAGUAUGGCAGUGUACAUCGAAAGUUCUGUCUAGUGAGAGCGAGGAGCCAUUUUGUUGGCUAGCAGAGAUAUAAAUAUAUAUAUCCACGUGCGUAUUCCCGACAGUCUCCAUGUUUCAGUGUGCUGGCAUAGGCCUUUUUUCUUUGUUUCUUGCCUCGUACAUGUAGACUGUCUUGAGCAGUUCUCAUUUCUAUGUCAUCACCACCAGUUACUGGACAUGGCCGCCACUGUGUGCGUCUCCUUGUUGUGCCACACAGCCACGGAUAAAGUCAUUUGGUCUCUCUCCAUGUCUUGCAUUUUGUUUACUUCUUACCUUGCUUCAGGCAGAGUGAUUACUGCUGCAGCUUACAGAUGGCAUGGACUACAUGAAGUGACACUAAAUAUACAUUGUACCAUCAAGCAAAAUGUUCUGAAUGGUAUUUUUGUCUGGCUGGAACUUAAGACAGGAAAGCAGAGUUGUUGCACAUUGUUAACUGUACGGACACCCACGCAUCAAUACUCUUGCAUUACACAAGCUGUUGUAAAGUACAAUGUAGUUACAAUGAAAAAUAAAAGUAUCUUUUCCAUUUA